AUGGAAAGCCUUGCCUGGUUCGUAAACCACUGGCACUCAGUUCUCCUCAUUUUGGUGUCUCUUACAUUUCUUGGAGAAAUCGACAAGCUGAUGAACAAAAAGAAAAACACCUGCUUUUCCAAAGUGUCCGCCAAAAUCGGGACCAGUUUUCUGUACGCUGGACUCAUGUCUUGCCUUAUUCUGGUGGUGCCAAUAGUUCUGCUUGUUCUGGUCGGAUUGCGGACUAACGGCGACUUUGUCAGAAUCAAUCAAGUAACCCUAAGCCCCGUUAUCGUCGGAGAUGAGUUUUCAGAAAAAUUUACAUUCUGGACAAUGCUGGUGUUUUUUAUUCUCUGCCCGGGAAUUCUGUCGAUAAUUCUCUCACUGGCGGCGCUGCAAAAAGUCAAAUGCCAUAUUAGAUGCCAAGAAGAAGAGGCGGAAAACUACAGCUGGAAUAUUCCAAAGAAGAGCCUCCAGAACUUCAGGAAAUAUUUAUUGGAAGUAAUCCUCCGAGCUACAUUCAACUUUCUGGUCGUUGUUGCUUGGUUCUUCUCGGUCGAUUGGGAUCCGGAAACGCACUAUUUCAACCCUGUGAGAGGACUUUGUUCGCAUCUCGCCUGGAAGAUCGUCGUUUGCUUCCACUCAGUGCCAAUAUUUCUCAAAAUCCCCGAUUUCGUCGGAAGCAUUUACCACAAGAAAAAAGCGCAAGACACAAGUCCCAAGCAAGCUGUCCAGAAAACCAUUUCCGUCGACACUCAGAAAACAAACUUCUCAAGUAUUUCGUGUAGUACUCCGCCGAGUUAA